GGGAGUUGAAGAGUUUUGUGUAGCCCCAGAUAAGGGCACAGGAGAGGAAAAUAACGGAGAGGAAAAUAACGGAAAGAAUAAUAACUUAGAGGAUAGGGAACUGGACCGAGGACUGUUAUCUUUUUUAAAAUUUGGCCGCUGAUUUGACAGGAAAUGUAAUGCGCAUUUUGGUCAAUUCCUACUAAACUGGACAUCAGGUACAAAUGUAUUUGCUGGUGCACAUUUAACGUUACCUGUGUUCCAUUUAUUUUAAUACAAACUCAAAUUUAGCAUAAUAGAUUGUUAACUAUACCACAAAUUAGAAUGUUCUUUUAGAGUGUAGUUCAAAAUGCUUCAUAUAACUAACUAUUCUAGAUAUGCAAUGCAAAAACGUCUUAUUCGGUCAAUGUGCCAAUAUUAUUAUAGGGUAGCUAUUCCUCGAAAGAAAUAAGCCUACUGUGGAAUAAUUCGCCUAUUUUUGCUUCAUAAUUGAAAGUAAAAUCGAGAAAGGAAUCUGAAAAAUUGCCAUUUCGUCUCGGAGCUGGGGGGAGAAAGGGAACGUGAGGCUGCUGCUGGACAUUGGACGGGGAGGGGACACCACUGCAUCUCUCUCUCUCUCUGUCUGUUUCCGUGGAGAGCAGGGGGGUGGGAUUGAACCGCAAGAAACACAUCAUGCAACACAAUGGUAACGGAGAAGAGAGGCAGUCAGCCAACCAAUCCGAGCCUCAGCUCCAGGGGACCCCUAGUGGAAGCAUUCUACACAUCCCAGGCAGGGACACCCUUAGCGACCCCACACUCUUCCAACUGCCUGCCCAGUCAAAACUGGAGUUCAAACGCAACGCAGUCACAGAGGACUACAAAAUAACAACUCAAGUACUAGGACUGGGUAUCAGUGGGAAGGUGAUGGAAUGCUACUGCAAGAAGACAGGGGAGAAGUGUGCCCUCAAGAUUCUGUAUGAUUGUCCUAAGGCGCGGCGGGAGGUAGAGCUGCAUUGGAGAGUGUCAGGGGGCCCAUACAUCGUUCACAUCCUCAGCCUUUAUGAGAACAUGCACCAGGGGAAGAAAUGCCUGCUUAUCAUCAUGGAGUGUAUGGAAGGAGGAGAGCUGUUCAGUCACAUUCAGGCCAGAGGGGACCAGGCAUUCACAGAGAGAGAGGCUGCGGAGAUCAUGAGGGACAUAGGCACGGCCAUCGAGUACCUCCACCACAUGGACAUAGCUCACAGAGAUGUCAAGCCUGAAAAUCUGCUGUACACCACCAAGGAGACCAAUUGCGUUCUGAAACUAACUGACUUUGGCUUUGCCAAGGAGACCACCCUCCACAACUCCCUCCAGACACCCUGUUACACCCCCUACUAUGUUGCCCCCGAGGUGCUUGGUCCAGAGAAGUAUGACAAGUCAUGUGACAUGUGGUCUCUGGGCGUGAUCAUGUACAUCCUGCUAUGUGGGUUCCCUCCGUUCUACUCUAACACUGGCCAGGCCAUCUCUCCAGGGAUGAAGCAGAGGAUCAGGAUGGGCCAGUACAAGUUCCCCAACCCUGAGUGGGCGGAAGUGUCUGAGGAAGCCAAACAGCUGAUCAACCAGCUGCUGAAGACAGACCCUAACGAGAGGAUGACCAUCGGGCACUUCAUGAACCACCCUUGGAUCAAUCAGUCGAUGGUGGUCCCUCCGACUCCUCUGCACACGUCCCGUGUUCUGACAGAGGACAGAGAACUGUGGGACGAUGUCAAGGAAGAGAUGACCAGUGCCCUGGCCACCAUGCGUGUAGACUACGACCAGGUGAAGAUCAAAGACCUGGACACGUCCAACAACCCGCUGCUCAACAAGAGACGCAAUAGACCUGGUGCUGGGCAGGCUGAGGGAGAGGGGGGAGGAGGGGGAGGUGGUGGGGGAGGAGGGGGUGAAGGAGUAGUCGGAGCAAUGGUUUGUAACAGCCAGUGAGAGUUUGAGGGAAGGGAGAGGGGGUGUUAUAUUAAGGACAUUAUUUGGACCAAUAUUCACCAGGGCCCUGAUCACAAGUUGUUUUUCGGGAAUUAAUCAGAUCUUGUGGUCAGGAAAACUAUUCUCGUUAUUGGUCAAAAUAAGUGUUUAAUUGGACCACACCAAGAUUGAGAUGGCAGCAAUUUGCCCUCUGUUGGCAGUAAUCAGAAAGAUAAGGCUCUUCUCUGUCUUUUACUUGUUCUGUCACCAGCACAUACGAGUUUCCAGCUCAGUUAAAUCAGACUGAUCUAUAAUAUAAUUGCUUUUGUUUUGAAGAUGUCAUGUUUAUUUACUGCUAUUAUUUUCAUGAAAUAAAUGUUUGUUUCUAA